AUGACAGCGGGAAAGGAAACAAUGGGAGAACAACCAAUCUUCACGUGCAAGGCGCACGUAUUUCACAUAGAUCCAAAGACGAAGCGGUCAUGGAUGGCGGCCAGUUCUACAGCGGUGUCAGUGUCCUUCUUCUAUGACUCCUCGAGAAAUCUUUACCGCAUUAUCAGCGUUGAAGGGACUAAGGCGGUGAUAAACAGCACUAUUACUGCCAACAUGACGUUCACGAAGACCUCGCAGAAGUUCGGCCAAUGGAGCGACGUGCGCGCUAACACAGUGUAUGGGCUCGGAUUUGCAUCUGAGGCUGAGUUGGGCAAGUUUAUCGAGAAGUUCCAAGAGGUGAAAGAGGCGAUCCAGGCGCAGCAGUGCGGCGGCAAGGGCGCGGCGAACGGCGGCAGCGGCGCUGCCACGCCCGUCGCCAGCGCCACCGCCAGCCCGCUGCUGGCCGGCCGUGCGCCCGACGAGCCACCGCCCGCCGCUUCGCCCGCGCAGGUACGCGCUCUAUUCGUCCCGCUCGCAUGCAUCGCCGCGCGCGAGACAGCUGCACUGCACGCCGCGCGCCCGUCGAGUCGCCGCCCGCCGCCUCGCCCGCGCAGUUACUCGCUCGUCCGUCCCGCUUGCGCGCAACGCUCCACGCGAUACAGCUGCACUGCACGCCGCGCGCCCGUCGAGCCGCCGCCCGCCGCCUCGCCCGCGCAGUUACUCGCUCGUCCGUCCCGCUUGCGCGCACCGCUCCACGCGAUACAGCUGCACUGCACGCCGCGCGCCCGUUGA